CCAAAACUAAACUCUUUCCUUUGGUUUCGUUUUCAAAUAAAUGACCUGACUGCAGAAAGAUGCAGUCUACGAUCACAGCGGUUGCUGAUGGAGUCUGACCAUGGAUGAGGAGGUUGACCCUGACAACGAAAACGUGAACUCCGUCUUGGCUCAGGAAUCCUCAGAACUGCUCCGAAUAAUUAGCGGUCAGACACCUGCGGUAAUAAUGAAGUUGUGCGAAAUGAUGCCAAGUGAGAGACGUUGGGACAUGGUCCUGGGCCCCGGCAGCUCCUCGGCAACACACCACAUCGAAGCCAUGUUGAAGUACUAUAUUAGGGCCAAAGCUGCAGAUUGCUGCAGCUUCCUUCAGAGCGUGUGUAUCUUGUGUGAGAACAUCCCUAUGCAUCUGGAGUCGAGGCUCAUGUCAGUGGCUGGAAAUGCAAAUAAUGAUUGUGAAAAUUCCAGUCCCAGUGUAACGGAUGGCAAGACAUCUUCGCCGCUUUCAGAGAAGCAGCUCAUCAAACGCCCACGGAUUGAUCACUGGGAACGGUACAUUGCUGCAGUGAUGCGGUUACUGCAGCAAAGGUGGAAGCGACUCAGUGAGCGCCUGGUGAGGGACGUCCAGCUGGAGAGUGUGUGGGUCAGCCUGAGAACGCCAAACAGAGGGAGGGACAGACCUGAUCAAACCCCUGGAUCAGCAGAAAAAGGGGGAAGAACACCAGAGCCCGAUGGGGAUUAUGGCUUCAUGGAUUCCAGAGUGACAUUGGAGACCUUCCUUAAGGGAUGUGCAGGGAAGGUGACAAUUCUUGUCGGCCCGGCUGGAUCAGGAAAAACUCUGCUGAUGUCUUGUCUAGGACAGCAGUGGGCACAACGGCUAGCCCCAAUCCCUUCGUCUCACCUGUUUGUCCUGCUGGAGUUUCGUCAUCUCAACCUGCUGUCCUGCCCUCUCUCCUUGUCUGAGCUGCUAUUCCGACACUACCUCCCUCUGAAAGGAUGCAACGAAGCAAAGAGAGCCAUUAUGGAUUACCUCAUCUCCAAUCCAGAGCAAAGCUGUUGGGUGCUGGAUGGCUAUGACGAGUUUCACAGCAAAAUCACCAAACAAGAGUUGCACGGAGAGCCGUUGGACGCAGACAAGUCUCUGCCUGUUUCAGACCUGGUCUCAGGGCUGUUAAAUCGUCAGCUUCUUCCAGGAUGUACCGUGGUGGUCACCUGUCGUGCACAAAAUGUCAGCGAUUUGGAAGGCUUAUCCGACAAAGUGGGGCAUCUGCUGGGGUGGGACCGCCAUGAAAUCAAGGAGUAUGUGGACAAUUUCUUUGGAUUAAAAGGUCACUCAUCACACAAAGCUAUCGGGCCGCAAGCAGCAGAUCUUCUUCUUUCCAGCCGACACCUCCUCGCCAUGUCGUCCCUCCCUGGCCUCUGCAACACCUGCUGCAUCUGUUUGGAGUAUUUAUUAUUGGAAGCGAGGGAACCAAGUAAAAGAGAGAUACAUAGAGACAGUGGAACUGAGGCAAGGAGAAACGCAGAAAGCAAUGAAGAAAAAGAAGUGCACAUUCCAGGAGGAGGAAGAGGGGAAGAGGGCAGGAGAGGAGAGAGUUAUGGUCCGAGGGGAGAUCAAAGAAGAGGAAAUGACGACAUAUUGACAGAGGGAACGAAUGGUAGAGCCCAGCCAACUCCAACAGAAGCCCAGAUACCCCCCACCCUUACCCAGAUCUACCUCACUGUGCUCUGUGCAUUCCUCAGCCGUGACCCUGACGCAACAGAGAGCAACGAAGGGUCAAAGGCCACGUCAAUUCCACAGAGUGUUGUGUGCACUCUGGGUCGGUACCGAUCUGAGUUGUGUGAGCUGAGCCAGCUGGCCUGGAGAGGCGUAGAGGAGAGCAGGAUCCUCUUUAUGAAAGAAGAAAUUUCUCCGGAGGUUUUGGACUUUUCUAUCAGGACAGGACUCUUCUCACAGGUGGAGCUCAGACGUGAGGAUGGUGGGCUUGUCAACUCCUACUGCUUCAAUCAUCUGACAUUACAGGAGUUUAUGGCAGCACUCAGAAUCAUGACCAGUGCUGAUGUUAGCGACACGCAGCUUAAAAAGAGAUUCAGUCUUAAAACUCGUUGGAUGACAAAAACAGACCAGAGGACAGUCUUUACUGACUCCCUGCACCAGUAUGUAUGUGGUCUGGCUUCCCCGUGCUGCACUGAAGCCUUAGUUGAAGUUGCCAGGACCUCUGGUGGAUCAGGAGGCCAGAGUUGGGUCCAAAAGCGUCAAAACCUCGUUCUGAAACUGCUAAAACACUUUUGUCAAAGCAACACCCUGACUGGACCAAAGAUAUUGGACCUUUGCCACUGUGUCCAAGAGAGUCAGGACCACCAACUGGCUAAGCAGGCUGUGGAUGGGAGAUCCACCCUGGAGCUGCGCAACAUCCGGCUAUUACCUACUGAUAUUGAUGCUUUAGCUUUUGUAGUUAGCUCAGCAGGGGAUAAUGGCAUUGGAUUGGACUUUGGAGCUUGCUCAAUGGAGUUGGAGUGUUUCGAUGUCCUGCCAAGGUGUCAGUACAUUCACUCCCUCAGUUUCCGCAGCCGCAAGUAUGGAGACAAGUUUGCUGAGAAGUUGUCGUCCAUUCUGCCAAAUUUCACAACCCUGAGAAAACUGGAGUUUUGUUGUGCCAGUCUGACUGCCACAGGAGCGGCUAGUUUGGUCUCUGCUCUCCAAGACUGUCCAGACAUCACUGAAAUCAAUCUGAGCGACAACAAUCUUAAAGACAAGGGAAUCAAACAUGUAGCUGAUAUAUUUCCUAAAGCACUAGGACUGAUCUCUGUAAAGCUGGGUCGAAACAACAGCUCUCUGGAAGCAGUGGACUAUCUCAUCGACAAAAUGUCUUCAUGUUUGAACUUCCAGAACUUUAACGCAGAUGGGAUGAAGGAAUUGACAGUAACUUUCUCCCAAACCUCAGAUUUGAACAGCCAUAAAACUAAGUCUGAACCGACAAUCAGCUUGUUGAACCAGAAAUGGUGCAAGACUAAGAUGCAAAAACUUGCAAAUUCAUUGGCCCGUUGCCCUGCCUUGUCUGUCCUGGAUAUAUCUGGAGGCCAUUUGGAUGUUGAAACUCUGAGGAUGCUGACUAAGUUUGUUCCAAAGUUCAAAGUCACCAAAAAGAUCAUUGCCGAUGACUGCUGCUCUUCAGUGGAGGGUUUAGUGGUUCUGACUGCUCUGCUGUCUGACUGUCCUGCUGUGGUGGAGCUUUCUAUCAGGCUACAGAGUCCUGUCCAGGUGUCCAUUGUUUUUUCUGGAGGGAGAGAAAAAGCUGCGAAUGAAAAGUCUAAAAUCCUCUGUCUCAGCUGCUGUGAUCUGCUGCCGGCUCAUCUGGAAAAAGUGUGGAGAAGUUUGGGGGCGUCGUCUGAUCUAACUUCGCUGGAUCUGUCCAGCAACUGUUUAGGCAAAAAGGGUCUGAAGAUACUGUUGGAGGUCCUGCCUCGUCUUGGUAGCAUCCAGGAAGUGAACGCCAGUAACAAUGGGAUUGGCAGGGAAGGAGUGGCACUGCUGGCUGGUGCUUUGUCCUGGCAUAACAAUUUAACACAAAUACACAUCAGUGGCGGAGACAGAGAGCAGGUGAUCCUGAAGUUCUGCCCUGACAAAAGGAAGGACAAACAGCACCUAAAGAUGUUCAGGAUAAACAACAGCAGCCUCCUGCCAUCCAAUGUAACAACGCUCUGCAGACAAUUAGCGUAUUGUCGCUCUCAUUUGGAGUUAGAUUUGUCUCAGAGCUCAUUGACAGACGAGGCUAUAGAGAAUCUGCUGAAGCGUCUGCCCAAGAUGACGUCACUGCAGAGACUCAAUGUGAGCCACAGCAUCAUGUCCACAUCUGGAGCAGUGAUGUUGGUCAGAUGUUUGAACGUCAGUCAGCGGGUCACGUCAGUGGAGCUCAGGCCUCAGAGUGAAUCCUUCAUCUGUUUUGGCAUUGUGAAAGCAGAAGAAGCCAGCUGCAGGUUAACUCAUUGUAACCUGAAAGGUGAUGAGUUGGAGAGACUGCUCGAGAUCCUACAGCGGGGUCCCCACCUGUCCAACCUGAAUUUAUCAAGUAACCAACUGGGAGAUGAAGGAGUGAAGCGCUUUCUGGAUUCCCUACAAACGCUUAAAAUCACCAGCUAUGUGAAUUUGAGCAGCAAUGGCCUGACUCAGCAGGGCGUGUUGAAUGUGGCCAGCGCUCUGUGCACCUGUAACCACGUCAGCGGUGGGGAAGUCAGUUUGGGAGCAGAGCAGAAGUGUCUCAUCUGGUUCACUCAAUGUGAAGGCUGUGUGAAAACGCUGAGCGUCAGAGAGAGCUGUUUGGAGCAUGACCAUCUGAUCAGAUUAGCAGAGAUCGUGUCUAUCUGUCCCAGUCCGAUCAAACUGGAGUUCAAGAACAAUAUGCUGGACUCUGAUUGGAUAGCAGAUUUUGUGAAACUGUUAAACAGCAGUCAGAGAGGAGUCAGUGUCAGUAUUGAGGAAUAUUGGAUCAGAUCUGAGGAGGCUGUUAGUUUGCUGUGUCGCUGUCUGGAGCUCAGCAGCAACAUACACACUAUCAGGGUUAACAACACUACGCUACACCUGUCUUUGAUGAAAUCCACUGAACUCAGUGAGGACUCUGCAGAUCUGAAUCCAUCCAUGGCCACAAAGAAAAUAAGCCUCGUGGACUGUGCAGUGGAGGGGCACCACCUUGCAUCUAUGGAGAGUAUAAUCACCAAGUGUUCUUCACUGACAGAGCUGGAUUUGUCCCACAACAGCCUGGGUGCAGAGGGAGCUGAGUUUCUCUGUUCUGUCCUGCCCUUGCUGCCAAAUCUCACUUCUCUCAGUAUUGGUUCCAAAGAGACUUGUGUGACUGUGGUUGAGAAGCUGUCAGAGGCCUUGCUGCAGGCUAAAGCCAUUCAGUGUUUAAAUCUAUCAGGUCAUGUGAUAAGUGACUCAGCAGCCCAUGUUAUGACCAGAAUCUUGCCCACUUUGAGAUCACUCAACCUCUCUCACUGUGAGUGGUCGGCGGCAGGAGGGCUGCAGCUCCUCGAGGGACUGGGAGAGAGUGUCCGCCUGGAAGGCCUUUGUCUGGACUCCGUGCAGCUGAAUGAGGAAAGCCGAGUGGGUCUGGCACACGUACUGAGGAAUAUCAAGUCCAUCCGAAGUCUCAAGCUCAAUAAGACGGCCACAGCAACAGGACCAUCAAAAGAAAACGAAGUGCUACAUCUCCUAGCUGCCACAGAGGGACUAACACUAAUGGAGGAGAUAGAGUUGAAUGGCUGGAGGAUGGCUGACAGAGGAAUAGAGCAGCUUAGCAGAUUUCUUCCAGCCUGGACGGAGCUCAGGAAGAUCAGUCUGUCAAAGAACCUUAUCAGCGACCAAUCAGGAGACCAGCUACUGGAGGCUUUGAACAGAUGUAGUCACCUGGAAGAGCUCCAUCUGUCUAGCAACAGUCUCGGAGAUCUCACCGCUGCCAGGAUGGCCCUGGUUCUACCGUCACUGACACACAUCACUGUGUUGGAUAUUGCAGAGAACAAGAUUGGAGAGGAAGGGUCAGUGAAUCUGGCCAAAGCAGUAAUGUGCUUGAAGAACCUCACUAAGCUUCAACUGACCUCUGUUGGGACUUCGGAGCUGUGUGAUGUUGCUGCCAGUCUGGCCCACUGUCCCCUCAUACAGGAUGUGGGUAUGGGAUGGAAUAAUUGUGGUGAUAAGGUGGCAGAGGAGCUGGCCAGAGUUAUGCCUCUCUGCCAGAAGCUGACCAGAAUUGACCUGGAGUCGAACACUGUGAGUGCUUUUGGAGCAGAGGCCCUGGUCAGAGCCUUACAGUCGUGUCCUGCGUUGCAGCUCAUCAGGCUGUGGAGGAACAAAGUCCCCAUCAGUGUAGCCAAGAGUCUCAGUCAGAGGGACAGGAGGCUGAAUUUCUCCUCCACCUGAUGUCAUCUGUAAUGUCGGAUGGUGGCAGUGACGGGGAGAAGUUACAUUCCUAUUUACCAGAAUCUGCAGAUGUGAAUCACUGCUCCAGCUCCAGCAACAAAGGGUUUCAAAUCUGUUUCCCUGCAUAACGAUAAUUGAUAUCAUAGGACAUUAUGGAUUUGUGUUUGAAAAUUAUAAGAUCCUCUCUAGGGAACAAAGUACAAAGUACCGGUACAUAUGUUUUAAGGAAUUAUUAUUUUAGGAAAAUGCUGCACUUUUUGGCCUCUAGUUUCAUGAUUGGGGUAAUCCAUUGACUGUGACAUUGUCAAUGGUCCAGUGUUUUUCUAUGAAAUAACACCAGAGUGUUAAACUUGAACAAGUACACCACAACAUGUGACUAUGUACAGUACUGUACUGAUAUUAUAUUGUUCAUAUACUCACUGUUCAAGUAACUACAACAGCAUGUGAACAGUAUUAAUACAAUACAGACAAUGAGAAAUAUACUAAUCAUUCAAUGAGUCAGUAACCUCAAGGUACCUAUAGCGGUUUAUAGGAAUAAUCAUCAAACUAUAGAAAUAAGUGAACUAUUGCACCGGAAAUUCAUAAUGUCUUUGCCCAAAGGAUAUGUUGAAAAAAUGCAAUUAAUUCUAAUUUCAGUCGUAUAAAACACAUUUUCUUUUCAUUUUUAAGACAAACUGUGUGUUCAUGGCUGUCGACUGGAUGUAGUGGAGUGAAGUUUUACAGAUCUCAAAGUUCUGUUCUGAAAGUUCUGAAGCUAGAGGCUGUAAUAUUUCCAGUAAGUUUCAUGUGAGAAAAUAACUACUGAAGACUUUGAAACACUGAGUCACUUUGCAAUGUAAUGUGUUUACCAUAAUUAGACACCACAUUACUGAAAACACAACAUAUCAUAAACUCACAGUAAAGGAAGAGACGAAAGAGAGGAAGAGUCUUUGUCGUCUACUCCAGUGGUCAUUUAAGGUUGUGGUCUCUAUCAGAAUUGCGUAUUUAUUUCUGCUAUUAUCAUGGAAUGUUAAUUUUUUUUUACAACAUUUAAUUUAGGCUGAUGAUAAUUGUAUUGAACAAGAAGUUUGAUGCGCCACUCAGGAUAACCAAUGAACUGCUGUCAUUGUUGUGCUGAUAAUGUUGUAAUAAUUCUGAAAAAAAUGCAGCUCAUUCCUAUUUGUAUUGUACUUUCUACAGUUCAUUCAGUUUCAUUUGAAAGUGGUGGACAGGGAUUUCCUGUGGUUUAAAUAUUGUUUUGCUUUUUAAGAUUUGUGAUGACGUUUGCCAUGACAAAAUGCCUCUAUUUAAUUCACUCUGACUUGCACUGAAAUAUCAAUUAAGAUUAAAAAACUAAAACUAAACACUAA